AUGUACUCAUCCAUUCUACAGGACCCUGAAUUGCCCCACGGCUGGGGUGCGAAGUUUGACGAAGAAUACCAGACGUUCUACUAUGUGGAUAUCUACACCGGUGAAUCCAGCUGGGAAAAGCCAACCUCUCCUUCCCCUGGGUAUGUGAAGCAAUAUAGUGGCCAGACCCAGUAUAACCAAGAUGGCCAGAGUCGUAACAACCAACAGACCCAUGACAGCCAACAAAAACUCUCUAGCAAUCAACAACAAUAUCCCAACAACAAUGCUAGCUACCAACAGCAAAACUAUAGCAAUAACCAACAACCGCCAAGCUACAGCAGUGAUUACCAACAGCAGCGAUCACAGUAUUCUAAUUUCCAAGCGACUCAAGCCGCGCAGAAUAGCAGUUCCUCGUCCAGGUCCAACAUGGGCUCGUUUGCUGGUGGUGCCAGUGUGGGUGCGAUAGGAACUGCUCUCGUAGGCUCUCUUCUCACCAGGUCCUCCCGCAGGCACAACGGCUACGGUGGAUCUUACUGCAGACCAAGUGGUAAUCCGUUUGGUGGCAUGGGUGGUGGUCCUAUGUCUCACGGUGGUUCCAUUCUCGGCGCCAUGGCUGCUGUCAUGGUUGCCAUCACAAUUAUCAGGGCGGUUGUGGCGAUUUUGGCAGCGACUACAGUGAUCACCAUGGCCGCCACGACCGCCGUCACAGCCGCCGUCAUGACCGCCAUCAUGGCCGUCACCAUUAAAUGGUUGGCCUUUGGUUUUACCGUAUUCAACCACUAAUCGGUUCCUCUAAUUACCUCCCUAGGUUUUCAGUAAACGUUACAAAAGGGUGUUGAGUU